GGCAAGCCUAGGCAAAACGAGCAGAGUGUUGCACGCCCGCGCGCCUACGCGGCCGAUCAAACGGCUGCGAGAGUGCUUGGCACCGCGCAAGAGCAGCUGUCGGCAGCAAGCGCCGCGCACGAGGCGCAGAGAGCUUGCUGUGAGGCGAACCAAAAAAAGACUGCCACAAAACACAAAUGGCCGAGCAACCAGAGCGGACCCCCGGCAUCAUCGACCAGGCCAAGGCGGCCUACGAGCAGGUCGUCUGCGCGAUCAUCCGGCCGCCGCGGACGACGUACGACGAGCGGCACCUCGGGCCGCGGCGCUUCGAGUUUUUAGGAAGAACCUUUAUCAGAGAGGACUUCGAGGUCCACAACGUCAAGGACGAGCGCCUCGUCUGCUCGCGCUGGGCCGCGGAACAAAGGCCGCCGAUGGUACCUACCCUUAUCUUCAUGCACGGCAACGCGUCGGCGCGGCUCGAGGCGAUCCCGCAGCUCGGGACACUCCUGUCGCUGGGCGUGGCCGUCGUGUCCUUUGAUUUUGCGGGGAGCGGGUUGUCAGACGGCGAGUACGUCACGUUGGGAGCCAACGAACGAUUAGACUGUCGAGCCGUAGUAACCUAUCUGCGGGCGGAAGGUAAGACAUCGACAAUAGCCUUCUGGGGGAGAAGCAUGGGCGCCGUCACCGCUCUGUUAUAUGCCGACGAGGAUAAUAUGGUCGACGCGAUGGUCCUGGACUCGCCCUUUGCCUCCCUCAAACUACUCGCGGAAGAGCUCGUAGAGCGGGCCACGGAGCAGACGUCCACAAAAAUCCCAAAGUUCGCGGUCAGCGGCAUGCUCCAGAUCGUCCGAAGGACCAUUAGAUCGAGAGCCAAGAUCGACAUCAACGACAUCUCGGCCAUCGACCACACGCCGAAAUUAUACGUACCAGCAUUAUUCUGCGUCGUCAAGGGCGACUCGUUCAUCGCGAACAAGCACUCGGAGCUGCUCCACGGCUCCUACGCCGGCGACAAGUUCAUCCUGUCGGUAGAAGGGGACCACAACGACGCGCGGCCGCCGGCGAUGCACGUCUUUGUCAGGAGGUUCUUGGAGAGGUACAUGCAGGUGCCGACGUCCUGGGCGCUCGAGAAGCGCGAGAGCGUCUUUAGUACGCUGCCGCCGUGGCACCCGACGCACGGCCGGGUGCUGCCGUCGGAGGGGCCGUCCCACGACCUGCUGAACCUCGAGGACGCGAGCGGCGAGCAGACCGUGGGCAUGACGCGCGCGCGCGCGCGCGAGGUCGAGGGCGCCGUGGGCGAUUUAUUCGGCGCGUCGCGGAGUGUCUAAUUUGCU